AACCUAGAUAAUGUUUUAUAUUACAAAGUUUCCGUCUUGUUCUGAGUUUUUAUUUGUGACCGCAAACGCAAAAUGGCAGAAGUGAUCGUGCUUUCUUCGAGCAUUGUUCGUCCCAAAAAGAUAAACAAAUCGGAUCGUACAAAGAUCCAUUUAACUCCAUAUGAUCUUAAACUUCUUAAUUUUGCUUAUCCUCAAAGAGGUCUUCUCUUCCCAAAACCCGACGACGUAACCCAUAUCAUCCAUCGAUUAAAGGCCUCUCUUUCGAUUGCAUUGGAAAUCUACUUCCCGUUCGCUGGUCGUCUCGUCAAAGUGAACAACCAUGAAGAUAACACAGUGUCGUUUUACAUCGACUGCGACAGCUCCGGCGCUAGAUUCGUUCACGCCAAAGUCGAAUCCGUCUCCGCAAACGAUUUCCUUCAACAUUAUGACUCUGUUCCUGAAUUUAAAAGGUGUUUCUUUCCUGCUAACGAUCUCAAAAGCUUUGAUGGUGUCUCUGAGCCCUUGCUUGCGUUGCAAGUCACCGAGAUUAAGGAUGGAUUUUUCAUCAGUUUUGGUUACAAUCACAUGGUGGCCGAUGGUUCUUCCUUCUGGAAUUUCUUCCACACUUGGUCUAAGAUCUGUAUGAAUGGUUCGAGUUCGGAUACUCACCCUCUUGUUCUCAAAGAUUGGUUCCUUGACAAAGUCGAAUACCCGAUCCAUAUGCCAGUUUCAGAAACGGGGAGGCCACCAAGAUGUGAAAUUCCAACUAAAGAGAGAGUUUUUCACUUCACAAAGACGAAUAUCUCAGAUCUUAAGGCGGAAGCCAACGCGGAUAUUACUUCCACUGAUAUGAAAAUAUCGUCCCUUCAAGCUGUUUUGGCUCAUCUAUGGAUAUCAAUUAUCAAACACAGUGGUUUAAACCGAGAAGAAGAUACACAUUGUAUUGUAGCUGCAGAUAUGAGAAGGAGGUUAAACCCUCCUCUUGAGAAAGAGUGUUUCGGGAAUGUGACUCAUCAAGCGAUUGCAACAGCCGAGGUGGGAGAGAUCUUGGAUCAUGGACUAGGCUGGGCCGCUUUGCAAAUUAAUAAACAGGUGAGAACACUAACGAAUGAAAAUUACAAGGCAUUUGCGGAGAAUUGGGUUAGAAAUGUGAAGUUCCCAAAAACAAGUGGUGGAAUUAGUAGAAAGGCUGAUACUUAUUUGAUUGCCACAAGCUCUCCAUGGUUUGAAGUGUACGACAACGAUUUCGGUUGGGGAAAACCAAUUGCAGUUCGAGCUGAACCGGGCAAUGGUAUCGGUAUCUCACUUGUAGUUUUUAGGGGUCUUGAAGAAGGCAGUAUUGAUGUUAAUGCGACCAUACCCUUAUCCAUGUGGUCCGAUGUACUAGUGAACUUAUUGACCGUGUGACCUUUGUAUCAUCAUAUUGGUCCAAUAAGAUGUUAUCCUUCUAUUAAAUGUAAUAGUAUAAAUUAUUUAAUUUAAAUGCAAUUCAGAAUCAGAAA